AUGCCGACUCCUAUAGCCAUAGUUGGUAUAUCUGCCGAAUUGCCUAGUGGAGUUCACACAGACAGUAAUCUUAAUCAUCACGAGUUUUUUGACUUCCUGCUCAAUGGGAAGGAAUCCUACGAGCGCAUGCCGCACGGCAGGUUCAAUAUUGAGGCGUGGAAGGGCAGCAAUCGCGGAGAAAUAUGGGUGGACACAGGGUCAUUUCUCAAGGGAAUAGACUUAUUCGACAAUGUCGAAUUUGGCAUCUCUGCGAGAGACGCCCGCACUAUGUCACCAGCUACACGAAAGCUCAUUGAACAUUGUUUCUUGGCGCUGGUGGACUCAGGCAUCGAUUACCGCAGCAGGAACGUCGGUUGUUUCACCUCCGGAACGAACCUAGAGUUGACGAAUGUCGCUGGUCCAGACGAAUACGACUGUGAAGGCUCAUUCGCGGGAUAUCCCUCGAUGGUGUCUAAUCGUGUCUCGACUCAUCUUGACCUAUUGGGUCCAUCAGUCCCCACCGAUACGGCAUGCAGUUCAUCCAUGACGGCACUGCACCUCGCAGUUCAGUCACUGUAUAGCGGUGAUUGUGAUGCUGCUGUAGUGGGCGGAUGCCAACUGAACCAUCGGCAACUCGUGGUUAGUUUCGUCGACUGGUUCACGUAUAGCCAGGCAUCCUUGUUAGCCCCCGAUGGCAAAUGCAAGCCGUUUGACUCGUCAGCAGAUGGAUUUUCCAGAGCAGAAGCCUGUGUAGCGAUUGUACUUAAGCCGCUGCAGCAGGCUUUGUUAGACGAGGACCCUAUCUAUGCAACGAUUCUCGGUACAGCAAUCAACUCAUGCGGUGGUAGCGCUCCAUCUGGGGCACCCGUUGCGGAGGCGCAGCGAGACGCUAUGCGAAAGGCAUUUAGGCUAUCAGGUAGAAGCCCUCGCGAAGUUGACUUUGUGGAGUUGCAUGCGACAGGGACAGCGAAGGGAGAUCCCACGGAAGCCAAUUGGGCUGGAGAGGAGUUCCAGAGAGAUGACGAAAUCCUCAUUGGCAGUGUAAAGGGAAAUAUCGGGCACACAGAAAUUGUAGCUUUUCUGGCGUCACUGUCGAAAGUCGUAUCCAUAUUCCAAUCCCGCCUUAUUCCCCCGAACAUCAACAUACGGUCGCUCAACCCUGCAAUUCGGUGGAGAGAGUACCGGCUCUGUGUACCCCAAUGCCCCAUUGCAUUGCCUUGUCAUUCAGAGCGCCUUCCUCUGAUCGCUAUGUCAAGCUCUGGGAUCGGUGGCUCCAAUGGCCACGCGGUUCUGGAAGGGCCGCCGGUUCGAGCAUCCCACAAUACGCACACCUCGCCUGAGGCUGACCUGCCAAAGCUCCUCAUCUCCGGCGGGCUUUCCUCUCGCAGCGUCAGCGUGGUUGCGGAGUCCAUCGCAGAUGUGGCGUCCAGUGGCGCUUGUAGUUUAUCUACACUGUCCACUGUGCUUGGACGUCGCUCCCGUUCUAUGACCUGGCGCUCGUUUGCGAUCACUGACCUGGGUCGUCCCACGUUCUCGCCACCACAGCUUUGUCCUCGUGAAGCACGCCCCAUCGUCUUCGUAUUCUCGGGGCAGGGUCCCCAGCAUCAGCACAUGGGUCGGCAGCUAUUCGAGAAUUUCCCCAUCUUCCGCGAUAGCAUACUGGAGAUGGAUAAGACCUACGAGGCAUUGACUGGCAGCUCGAUGCUACGUGAUCACGGCUUGUUUGAGGGCUACUCACCCAACGGGAACUUCAAGGACGUCUGGCCAAUAUCGCUCAUUCUGCCAUCCAUUGCGAUGUUCCAAAUAGCGCUCUUCGAUCUCUUGACCAGCUUCGGCGUCAAGCCAGACAUAGUCAUUGGCCAUUCGGCUGGCGAGACCGCCAUGCUCUACGCAUCUGGUGCAGCGCCAAGGUCGAUGGCAUUCGAGCUGGCCGUCAUUCGCGGACGUGCGUUCACACCUCUUGAAGCACUUGGUGGUGGUAUGGCGGCCAUAUCAUGCGGGGAGGAAGACGCAGAGGAAAUCAUUGCCAGCGUACGCUCAGAACUCCCGGACAACAUCCUCGAGAUCGCCUGUUUCAAUUCACCCUCUGCCAUCGCGAUCGCGGGCCACGACAUCGCGAUCACACGGGCGCUGGAGGUCUGUCAGACUCGGGGGGUGUUCGGUCGCAAGAUACGCACGAGCGUGCCCAUGCACUCGUCCAUGAUGGAGCAGUGUCGAGAGGACUACUGCAGAGAGCUCCGAGCACUGUUUGAGCGGUACCCUGGCCAGCACGUCCCACAGAUCCCGACGUACUCAACAUUGACGGGAGAGAGGUUGUCCGACUCGAUCGACGCCGACUACUUCUGGAGGAAUACGCGAUCGCCCGUACGGUUCACGCAAGCGAUGGAAAGGCUUACCGCGUCGCA